AUGCUCGAUUUUGAGGAAAAUCAGGUAAUCUGGAAAUGCGCUGGAUUGAUACAUAUUUCCCUUUCACCAACCCAUAAUUUGAACUUGAGAUAUGUUUUCAGGUCUGUUGCACAUAAUGUUACAAAGAAGAAGACCACAGCAGAUUUGAUGAAGGCUUUGUCCGUUUUUUGGCAGAACUGCUACGAUCUCACUAAGCAACAUCCAUUGAUAAUUUAUCAGGAGAACUGGUUGGAAGUUUUAGGUUGUGGGGUGACAGAGCAAGAAAUAUUAAAGAAAAGUGGUAAAACAGGUAAUGUUGCUUUGGCUUUUGGGCUUGGAUUGGAACGGCUAGCAAUGGUUCUGUUUGGGAUACCUGAUAUUUGGCUUUUCUGGUCAACUGAUGAGCGGUUCACCUCUCAAUUCUCAAAGGGCCAGCUUGGGGUCAAGUUCAAGCCAUUUUCAAAGUAUCCUCCUUGUUACAAGGACAAGAGUUUUUGGAUUAAUGAGUUGUUCACAGAAAACAAUUUAUGUGAUGUUGUAAGAGGAGUUGCUGGAGAUCUUGUCGAGGGGUUACACUGA